CGGGGCGCAGCCAUGGUGCGGACCCUCUUCCAGCAGUACUGGGCGAUCCCCGACGGCACCGAGUGCCACCGCAAGGCCUACGCCGCCACCGGGGUGGGCGGCGCCGUGGGCCUCAUCACCUCUGCCUACAGCAUCGCCCUGCAGCCCGCGGGCUCCUUCCUGGAGGGGGCGGCGCGGACAGGCCGCUACACGUUCACGGCAGCGGCUGUGGGUGCCAUCUUCGGCCUCGCCACGUGCGUCAGCACCCAGGUCCGGGAGAAGCCCGACGACCCCCUCAACUACUUCAUCGGGGGCUGCGCGGGGGGCCUGACCCUGGGAGUUCGCACUCACAGCUACGGCACGGGGGCAGCGGCCUGCGCGUACCUGGGCGCGGCGGCGGCGCUGAUGAAGAUGGGGCAGCUGGAGGGCUGGAAGUUGUUCCCGGAGCCCAAGGUCUGAGCCGGAGCCCAAGGUCUGAGCUGCGGCUCCGCACCCCAAUAAAGCGUGUGUUUCUA